AUGUAUUGCUGGGUUUGGAUUAGGAUCAACUGUUCCUAUUUGAAUAUCUUGAGCAGCGAGAUGUUGAAACUAAGAUAUGGGGACGUAGGUGUUGCGGUGUGUGUGGCAUUAGAAUGUAGUUUAGGUAAACUCGGUUCGGUUACAUCUACUUAUGCUUUGUACAGUGGUUGGCCAGCUGAAGUACCUACAUCUCUCAAGUACUCUAACAUGAUGUUGGUUUUCGUUUUGGGUGUCAGUGUAUUGGCAGCUAAGUUUUAA